GGGGCGGUGUUAGGUGGGGUUGACCAGUCUGGUUUGGUAGGCGUUGGGUCUGUUAUUAAAAACCCACCUCCCUCUUUCUCUCUCUACUCUCUCUGUCAAGAGAGUCUCUCCAACCUCACCAAUUCCCUCAACUCCAACGCUCCAUCACACAAGAGACUCUUGCUUCUUAUUAAUUUCGCUUUCCGGUUGAUCUUCUCGCCGGCCAAACGCAAACACCCCUCGGUACCAUCGAGAAAUGCAAUCGAGCUCGGACAAAGUGUCGCCGUUCGAUCUGAUGACAUCGAUCCUGAAAGGCGCAACAACCAUGGACCAGUCAAACGCCUCGUCGGGCACGGCUGAUUCGGCCCUAUCGGCGUUGGUCGAGAAUCGGGAGCUCCUGAUGAUACUCUCGACGUCCGUGGCAGUCCUCAUCGGCUGCAUCGUCAUGCUCCUCUGGCGGCGCUCGGCCAGCCAGAAGUCUGCCAAGUUCUCGGAUUUUCCCAAGCCGUUGGUUGUGAAGACGGAGGAGCCCGAAGUCGACGACGGCAAGAAGAAGGUCACCGUCUUUUACGGUACCCAGACCGGUACCGCCGAAGGCUUUGCUAAGGCACUUGCUGAGGAAGCAAAAGCCAGAUAUGAAAAGGCGACCUUUAAAGUAAUUGAUUUGGAUGAUUAUGCCAUGGAUGACGAAGAGUAUGAGGAGAAGUUGAAGAAAGAAACCAUGACGUUUUUAUUUUUAGCCACAUAUGGAGAUGGAGAGCCGACGGACAAUGCUGCAAGGUUCUAUAAAUGGUUCACUGAGGGAAAAGAGAGAGAGGAAUGGCUUCAGAAUCUUUCAUAUGGAGUGUUUGGCCUCGGCAACAGGCAAUAUGAGCAUUUCAACAAGAUUGCAGUAGUCGUGGAUGAGCAACUUGCUGGACAGGGUGCAAAGCGUCUUGUUCCAGUGGGUCUUGGAGAUGAUGAUCAAUGCAUUGAAGAUGACUUUGCUGCAUGGCGGGAAUUACUGUGGCCCGAGUUGGAUCAGUUACUUCGAGAUGAGGAUGAUGCCGGUGUUGCAACCCCCUACACUGCAGCAGUGUUGGAAUAUCGUGUUCAAAUCCAUGAUGGUGUAGAUGCAUCCCAAUUGGAUAGGAGCAUGAGUUCGGCAAAUGGUCAUUCGGUUUAUGAUGCACAACAUCCAUGCAGGGCUAAUGUAGCUGUUAAAAAAGAGCUUCACACUCCGGCCUCCGAUCGAUCUUGCACUCAUUUGGAACUCGACAUUGCUGGCACUGGACUUGCCUAUGAAACUGGGGACCAUGUUGGUGUAUAUUGUGACAAUCUGAUUGAAGUUGUGGAGUUGGCUGAAAGGUUAUUGGGUGUGUCACUGGAUACUUAUUUCUCCAUUCAUGCCGAUAAAGAGGAUGGCACUCCUAUUAGUUCAAGCUCGUUGCCACCACCUUUCCCACCCUGCACCUUGAGAAUGGCACUGACUCGAUAUGCGGACCUUUUGAGCGCUCCCAAGAAGUCUGCAUUGCUUGCCCUGGCAGCUCAUGCUUCAGAUCCAAAUGAAGCCGAGCGUUUGAGACAUCUUGCAUCUCCUGCUGGAAAGGAUGAAUAUGCACAGUGGGUAAUUGCCAGUCAGAGAAGCCUCCUUGAGGUAAUGGCAGAGUUCCCAUCAGCCAAGCCUCCGCUAGGCGUUUUCUUUGCAGGAGUGGCACCGCGCUUGCUGCCCAGAUAUUAUUCAAUUUCAUCCUCCCCAAGGAUGGCACCAACUAGAAUUCAUGUUACUUGUUCAUUAGUAUAUGAGAAAACCCCAACAGGACGGAUUCACAAAGGAGUGUGUUCUACUUGGAUGAAGAAUGCCGUGCCAUUAGAGGAAAGUCGUGAUUGCAGCUGGGCACCCAUUUUUGUUAGGCAAUCGAACUUCAGACUUCCUAUGGACACUAAAGUGCCUGUUAUCAUGAUCGGGCCUGGAACUGGAUUGGCUCCUUUCAGGGGCUUCAUGCAGGAAAGAUUGGGUUUAAAAGAAGCUGGGGCUGAGCUAGGACCUGCCGUUCUAUUCUUUGGAUGCAGGAACAGGAGAAUGGAUUAUAUUUAUGAGGAGGAGCUGAACAACUUUGUCGAAACUGGUGCGAUUUCAGAGUUGAUUGUUGCUUUCUCACGCGAGGGACCUACUAAAGAAUAUGUUCAACACAAGAUGACAGAGAGAGCUUCGGAUAUCUGGAACAUGAUCUCUGAGGGAGGGUACCUUUAUGUUUGUGGGGAUGCUAAAGGCAUGGCUAGGGAUGUCCACCGAACUCUCCACACCAUUGCUCAAGAACAGGGAUCUCUGGACAGCUCCAAGGCUGAGAGCAUGGUGAAGAAUCUGCAAAUGAAUGGGAGGUAUUUGCGUGAUGUGUGGUAAUUUUCUACAAGGUCCCUUGGUGAAGAUGGUGAAAAGACGUUAUUAUGUAAAUUAUUCUUGCCGAGGUCAAAUUAAUGGGCCAGACUAUAUGAGGCAUGCAGGAAGGCAAAGUGGAAAGCCUAUUCGCCUUCCACUGCAAUCCUUAGAAGUGUGCAUGUUGCAGGAAGGCAAAGUGGAAAGCCUAUUUGCCUUCCACUGCAAUCCUUAGAAGUGUGCAUGUUGCCGGUAUAGUAGCCGGUUCUGGGAUUCAUUCUCUCUUCUUGCUCUAUGAAUUUUUUGGUUCAUGUAUUAUUCAAAUAUACACUCAAUCAUAUCAUAAGUAAUAGCAAUAAUAUUUAGGCAUAGUGAAUUGACUACUUGUAAUUUUCUUUGUAUUGAGCUUGAAGAUGGUUUUGUCGACAGAAACUCUGGUUUUGGACUCACCUAUGUAACCAAUCAUAUUGCAUUGGAAAACCACAGGGUUUAUUA